CUGCAUAGAACUCUUUUUAGAACUAUUGUAGAACUCUCAUGCGAUAAAAAUCCUAGCAGAAAUAAUUAGGAAAACGUCCGGGGACAAAGUGAUUUGCAGCGUGAAGUUAGCAAAUCAGUUUGCACUUUGCGAUUUUUUGGUCUUAAAAGCCAGAACUAUGUGUUUAAUGUAUCAGGAACUCUAGAACUAUUAGAAAGGAAGUCAGAACUCUAAAAAAUUAGUGAUUUUCCAGGAAAUGAUAUGCCAGCUUCACACACACGUCGGUCAAGUGCAAGUCGUGCCUGGGCAAACUCUGUACAGUUAAGAGGGACUUGUACAACGCCGUGGUGAUGAAAUGCAGAUUCGUCAGUCUAGUAUGUAAGUUUCCCGUUAAAACUCUGCCGGCGAAAGCGUGCGCUGUUACUAGGAAAAUUAUGAAGCGGAAUGUCGAGUGGGUCAUUUGUGAAAUGAAAGAAUCCGAAUGUAAGUAUUGGAGACAAUCGUAGAACACGUGUCGCAAUUUAACUUACAACGUAGGCGUACUGUCUGAACAUGUGUACGAGGAAAGCGUGUGUUUACUGUUUGUUCACCUUCUUGUGCAGUUGCAUCUCUCGACUCGACGGAGUUGAACCGAGCCCUACAGAUUCUGAGAGCUUCAGGAAUCUUGAGAAUAUUAUCUCUUUCGUGCUGUACAGAUUGAGCGUUGUAUAUUACAGCAAUAAUUUGUAUAGAUGGGUGCACAUUAAGAAAAUUACGUCCAAAGAAGUCGCAAGCUUGGCUAUGCUGGACUGCUUGACCAGUGAUGAAGAUGAGAUAAAGAGCGAACUGGGACUUUCAAUCGAUAUCUCUAAGUACGACGUUACCGCGUUGUGUCUGCGUGAAGUCAACAGUUUACUGGAGGAACAGAUUGCAUUUGCGAACGGCGUGGCAGCGGUUCUGGAAAAAUUGAGGAAGCUACAGCCGAGUGAUCAAUAUGCACACACGGUGCAGUUAUUAGGAUAUUAUUUCUUAGGUUUCAAUUACGAGAGCUCUAUUCUGGAGUACCACGAAGAACUUGCGAGUCAUGAUUAAGCAAACUCAGUUGGAAAUAGAAAUUGCCAAAUUUUGUUUUCUUAUAGAAGAACUUUCUGUUAAAAAUUGG